CUUAGAAAUUGAAACCCAUAUAGUACCUCUUAGCAAGCAUGGCAACCAAGAUAUUUGCCCUCCUUGCACUCCUUGCUCUCUCUAUGAGCGCUACCACUGCGGUCAUUAUUCCCCAGUGCUCACUGGCUGCCUCCGCUGCUACUAUUCCACAGUACUUCUCACCUAUCGCAGCAGUCGGAUAUGAGAACCCGAUUGUGCAAUCAAACAGGCUUCAGCAUGCACUUGCAGCCAGCGUCCUACAAUCACAGGCAAUUGUCCUACAGCAACAGUCUGCCUUACUGCAGCAGCAAUCUUUGGCCCAUCUGACAGUACAGAGCACCGUGGCACAGCAACAACGCGUUCUUUCACCAUUUAGCCAGCUAGCCCUACAGAACCCGACUGCCUACUUGCAGCAACAGAUGUUCCUCCCAUUCAACCUGCUAGCCGCCGUGAACUCCGCUGCCUACUCGCAGCAGCAACUGCUUCCAUUCAACCAACUUGCUGUUGCGAACUCCGCCGCCUUCUCGCAGCAGCUGUUCAACCCACUUGCUGUGGCUCACUCCGUCGCAUUCUGGCGGCAACAACAACUAGUCAACCAACUAGCUUUGACAAGUCAUGCAGCCUUCUUGCAGCAACCCAACGUUGGUUCUACCAUCUUCUAAAUUCCAUAUGAGUUGUACUUCUAUAAUAACAUUUUCAUGCCGACGUGUGCAACUCCUCGGAAAUAAGAAAAGUAAUGAUUGAGACUCUAAAGUCCUAUUCGUGUCCAAA